AUGCAGAUGGCCUACAAUGUUCUUAACUACUCUUACCACAGGGCACUGAAUGAGGGUACGAAUAAGAGAAGCACGUUGGUGACGUACAUGCAAGCUCAUCCACCAGAUAAGUGGAAUAUGAAAAUGGUAGUUGGCAAGUUCAUUCCGCAGUGGAUGCAAGGACAUGAGUUGUUUGAAUGUUGGAAGGGAUUAAAUCAGGAUGGUGUGUAUGGUUAA